GUGUCACUUCAGCCCAGAGAAGAGAAGGCUCCAAGGGGAUCUUAUAGUAGCAAUCCAGGACCUGAAGGGUGCCAACAGCAAAGCUGGGGAGGGACUUCUUAUAAGGGCAUGUAGCAACAUGUACUUAUUCCUAGGGAACCUUUCCUGCCUGGACACUUUCUACUCUACAGUUACUGUUCCCAAGAUGCUGACUGGUUUUCUCUUUGGACGUCAGCCCAUUUCUUUUGGUGGAUGCUUGGCCCAGCUCUACUUCUUCCACUUCCUGGGCAGUACUGAAGCUGUGCUCCUGGCCACCAUGGCCUAUGAUCGCUAUGUGGCCAUUUGCAACCCUCUGUGCUACACCCUUGUCAUGAACCCAAGGACUUGUCUGCUGCUGGCCACGGCCAGCUGGUCUGUUGGUUUUGCACAUGCCAUGAUACAUUCAAUCAUGACCUCUCAACUGAGUUUCUGUGGGCACAACCACAUUCAUCACUUUUUCUGCGAUGUCAAGCCACUGUUGAACUUGGCCUGCAGUAGUACUAGCCUCAGCAUGACUCUCCUCAAUGUUGUCACGACAUCAAUUGCUCUAGGCCCAUUCAUUCUGAUUGUCCUCUCCUAUCUCUACAUCAUCAUCUUCCUCUUCCAGAAGGUCAAGUCCCAGGAAGGUAGAUGGAAGCCCUUCUCCACCUGUGCCUCUCAUCUUACUGUUGUGGCACUAUUGUACAUACCGCUGUUCUUCAAUUAUACACCUCCGUCUUCAUCCAGCUCCUCUAAAAGGGACAUGCAAGUGUCUGUCAUGUACAGUGCCAUCACCCCAGCUCUAAACCCCUUGAUCUAUACUCUUAGGAAUCAGGAGGUGAGAUCUACUUUGAACAAAACGUUAGGGAGAAAACUUUUUCCUGGUGGAAAGUGGCAAGGACAAGGCUCAUAACAUGGUUACUCCACUUCCCGUAUUUACAAGAGAAGAGGUCAAAAAGAUUCUGUCUUACACGAGACUGAAGAAUACUCGUUAUCUCAUGUGGAAAUUAAUUAGGGGUUUACUGCUGAGAUCUAAACUGGGAGAUAGUCAAGACCUUGAUGUUUCUUCUGUCAUUUUAGAUGUCCUAUUGUAACCAGUCUGAUCUCCAGCCUCCAGAAAAGAAGUAUGCGUGUCUCUUGCAGAGCAUGAGCAAAAGCAGACAGCCCCAUAUAGUUGUGCUGGAUAAGAUAAGGAAUUAAACCAUUACCUGAUAGCUUUGUUUAGGAAGCGGAAUGAAUCUCUAGUCAUCCAAACGCUGGAUAUCCCAAGUAAGCAAGCAUGCGUUACAUUUUCAAUGUUGCUUAGACUGGGAAAGAUAUUGCCUACGUUUGACAUGAGUCAACUCUUUUGAGGCAUCUGUAUCUUUUCAUUGAGUUCAAAGUGUUUGAGUUAGCUCUUUCUUGGAGUGGUCACUUCUUGAGUUUUUUUGGAUCUCAGCAGGAACUCCUCUGUUCCCAUGUUCCAGGCCUUGCCUGCAGAUAAGAGGGAGCAGGGAGGU